GGUUGCAGUCGUGCCGGGCACGCGGGCGGGGGUAGGAGGGGUGCAACGAACCCUCUCGCCUCGGCUCGAGUCUACGGAGCACGGAGUUGUGUUCGAAUCAUGGCGACACCCGACCCCGUAGACCCAGCCACCCUAGAGAUUAAGACCCGUAGCAUAGAACAGACACUACUUCCACUAGUGAAACAGAUUUCCACGUUAAUCUCGCAUAGAGAACGACCGCUAUGCUCGGACCGGAGUUUGCGAGCGGUUGCCAGGGUCGGCCAGGCGGUAAAUUUGGCGGUCGAGAGAUUCGUGACCGUCGGCGAAACUAUCGCGGACGACAACCCGGAGAUCAAACAAGACAUGUACGAGGCGUGCAAAGAGGCGAGGGUUGCAGGCUCAGCAAUCGAGAAAUUAUGCGAAUGUGCCUUGGAAGACAGCUUGGCUGACCGAGGUUCCGUCGUAAGAGCUGCCAGAUGUCUCCUAGGCUCAGUGACCAAAGUCCUCCUCCUGGCAGACAUCGUCGUAGUCAAUCAAUUGCUUCAUGCCAAGGAUAAGGUCGCCCGCAGUCUCGGGCGCCUCGAAAGUGUCUCGAAUUUCACAGAAUUCGUCAAGGCGUUUAGCCAAUUUGGAGGAGAGAUGGUCGAGUUGGCACAUUUAACGGGUGAUCGUCAGAAUGAUCUCAAAGACGAGAGGCGACGUGCGCAGAUGGCAGCAGCCCGACAAGUAUUAGAGAGAAGCACCAUGAUGCUACUCACGUCCAGCAAGACAUGUCUAAGGCACCCCGAAUGUCCAUCCGCUAAGGAGAACAGAGACACCGUUUUUUGCCAAAUGAGAAGAGCGAUGGAUCUGAUACAUUACGUUGUCAAGGACGGAGUAUUAGACUGUAGCGAAUCUCAAUCCUACUCGAAUUCACAGAGUCCGCAGCAGGAAGACUGGGAUAGCAGUACCGUUUGCUCAGCUUUGAAACACUUCGAAAGGCUCGUCGAAACAACGAGGAUGACCCUGCUGGGACCGGGUUGUCGCGAAACACUUACAUCAGCGCUUGAAACAGUGGUCGAGAGGACACAAGACUUCACCGACAGCGCUUAUACGAGUCACGAGCACAGGGAAAAUAUUCUUCUGCUUUGUGAUCGCGCGAAACUCGAGCUCAAUACACUCUUACGGAUCGGCAAUAGUAUGAAUUACGAGGGCGGUGGAGGUUCACCUAGCUCGGAAAUGGAACAAGCGGUGAUGGGUGUGUUACGGGCGACUAGAGACCUUCGCCAGCAGCUCAGCGCGACGACGAUGGAACAGGCCGGCGAUCUUGGCCAAGUGACAAAAGCCGGCCAGGAACUCGUGUCAACGAUCAGAAAUCUCGCGUUGGCCAAUGACAUCGACCGUCUGCAGGAGAGCAGCGACAGGUUCCACGAGUAUAUCGAACACAUUCUCGAAGUAUGCAAACUUCUGAGACACGUUGCGCUUUCGGAAUCAUUGCAAGUGUCGGCCAAGUUCACGGAGAUCAACUUAAGAAUAUAUGGUCCUCAGGUCGUAACGGCCGCGCACACGUUAGCUAGGCAUCCCACCAGUAAGAUAGCUAAAGAAAAUCUCGAAGUAUUUGCUGACAUGUGGCAGUGGCUCAUGACUGAUGUGACGACAGUAGCGAAAGAUGUUUUGGAACUCAGUCAAAACCGGCCAGAGAAACAGGUUUACAUGUCUUUACCGCGGCCAGGGAAACAUGGCACGACGAGCAAACCGCUAAAACCAGUACGGUUGGACAGCGAGGAGCAGGCAAAGAUCGCUAAGGCAGGACUCGAGAUGAAAUUGAUAACCUCGGAGAUGGAUGCCGAGACGGAAAAGUGGCAGGAGAGCGGAAGCACUCUAGAAGAGAACAACGACAUCGUGAAGCGGGCGAAGAAUAUGUCAUCGAUGGCAUUCUCGAUGUACCAAUUCACGCGAGGUGAAGGCGCCCUGAAGACCACCCAGGACCUAUUCACCCAAGCUGAGUAUUUCGCCGAAGAGGCAAACAGAUUGUACAAGGUUGUGAGACAAUUCAGUUACCAGGUACCAGGUGGACCACACAAGAAAGACCUCUUGGAAAAUUUGGAUAGAGUGCCGACUUACGUUCAACAAUUGCAAUUCACCGUGAAGAAUCCUACCGUCGGCAAGGCCGCCACUUUUACGAAGGUCGACAAUGUUAUACAAGAAACAAAAAAUCUCAUGAAUGUGAUCUCGAAGGUGGUCACAACGUGUUUCGUCUGCGCCACAAAGUACAACCUGGAUUUCCGAGGUCUGUCGGCGCGCGGGGCCGGCGGCUCGCCGUACAGGGGCGGAGAGGGCGGGGGAGCUGACGGCGACGGUGGCGGAGUUGGCGUCGACGGCAGCAAGACGGGCUCCGCCCCCGGCAGCGACCCGUCCGUCUGACAGUUUGGGAUGGCCCGACGGGCCAAGGGGGACGCUCGCCGCACCCGGGUUUCCUUUCUGCUUUUCUAGGGAGAACCUCGCCUGCCCCACCGACCAUCAAAGCGACGUACACGUCGACCGGAUGUCGCGGAAUUGCCGUCAACAACAACAAAUUGCCGUCGGCAAGUACCGCGACGACCGUGCGCGGGAUACAGUAUUCGGAGGUGCCUCGCCUGGCCGGGAUAUGUUCGUCGCCGUUUUCACGGAGGCGACGUAUUGCGCGUAGUAACGAUAUUCGGAACCUGUGCGUGAGGAAAGCGUUCCUCCUGCGGACGCCCUGAUGAUUUCGUAUUUGAAAGCAGGAGAACGGAUUCAAUUUAACGCCUUCGCGACGUAAGAUGAGAACGAUCGCGAAAGUGUUGACUGUGUAAAAGAAUCCUGGUUGAAACGUUAGGAUUGAUCCAGUCCGCGGUGAUACUCUCACAUUUCGACCAGAGAAUAUAAGCAGUUAGUCUCAGUAUUAAUCAACGACUUAUGAUAUGAAAAGGAUACAUGUACUUAAAAUGUUGCAACGGUUCGAUGUGCUUGGACAAUCGUUUAAACUGUAACGAAGAUAUACUUGGUCGACGUGUACGUUUCGCCAGAUCGUUUAGUUAUAUCGUAUACUUUAACUUCUAAUAAUGAGAAACAGAUUUACACUAGCUUCUGCUAUUAGUGAGCAGAUGUCUCAGAUGUACGCGUUUUUACUCCAAGCAAAUGAGUUUGGGAGCACACUUCUUUACACGGCCGAGUGCCACGCGUGGCGAUCGAGGCGUGGGAAAGCGGAAAAUCGAACCAAGUUGGUACCACGUGGAGUUGAGUGUGAAAGUGACGGAUAAAAUGUGCGCGUCUCUCUAUGUAGUCUGCGAAAUUGCUCUUUGAUUCGAUUACGUGAUCCACGCUUUGAUCGUUGGCAACACCGGUGUAAAUGUCGCUACUAAAAAUAUCGAAUAGCAAAAGCUGCUCGCGAGCAAUGAAAUUCAUUUUUACAUCUUACAAUUAGUGUAAUUAAAUUACGUUUUCACGUUUCAGCAAUAAAAUUUCUAUAAAGAAAGAGAUUACGCUAAAUAUUGCGGCGUUACAUUUCACUGCUACUAUACGUUAAUAACAGCAUCACUUGCCUGUUACUUGUUACAUUUGCACGCCGUGUUUAAGAGCAUUCCAUAACGUUCAUCGGUUUAAUAAAUUACAAAAUUAUAAGCUUACGAUUAUGAACUCUUAAGUCAAUUUAUUUAGCACGCAGUACGUUUUGUUACGACGCCAAGCUAAAGUCGCUCAAUACUUUCGGCGUAUAAGGAAUAACAUAUCUUGCAAAUACUAGGAUCUCAUUUUCAUUAUCCUCGCGGCGAAACUUUUCCGCCAACAUACGGCUGCGCACAAACAAAUCAUUCUUCCAUAUCGAGAAGUUGGUGCAGCGACAAUAAUUAACAAAUGUCGAUCGCAGUGCCUUUUAGGUGUGAAAACUUUGUCGAAACUUUGCCGGGGUUCAACCUCAGCUUCCGAAGUGUUACGCCAACUUCGGUAAACAGAUUAUACAGAGAGGAGUCUCGUAUUAUACUUGCAAGAAAAUAGCUCGCGCAUAUACAUACAUCUGCAUGACUUUAGCGCGUGAUCGUCAAGGCGUACUGUAUCCGCGAGAAGCUUAAAAGCUCUCUCUGUAUCUCUCUCUCUCUCUCUCUCCACUCAAAAGUAAAUCGACGAAAACUAAGCAGCACAUGAAGAAAAACCACACGUCAACGAACGACUUUCCCUUCUCUUGUGUUGCACUCAAUUCACUGGCUAAUUAGAGAAAUUUGAACAGUGGCGGUCUCUAAAGUCUUUAUACGAGUCUACUCACUUAAAAGAUACUCUCUUUUCUUACACUCGCUAACAAUUUUAUCUGCCAUUCUUCAAAUUCCUCAUAGCAUAUCCACGUAUCUAAAGAUACUACAGUAUUUAAGCACUGACCUUGCAAUUAAAAAUCAUUUUAGAAAACGUAUUAUUUUCACGCAACUGCGGUAUCUACGAAAAAUAAUGCAGUUAAUCGAGUCUUCGUAGAAAAAA